AGAGACAUUUGGAGCUAGCUUCUCUUUUCGGUGAGGCUGUUUGUCCCUCGCCGGCUUCCGUCCACGCUAGAGGUGACGUCACGGCAGAGCGCUGGGGAGCCGGAAGUUAGUGCUAGCACCUGGUGACGGGUGUAGUGAGCACGACAGGUGACAAAGUACGGGAAGCCGGCUGUACGCUGCCCCGGGGAGUCCUGUGGUGAUCGGGCAAGAGAGAGAGGGAAGCGGCACAGGAAUCCGGGCGGCAUCAGUAGCUGGAUACCAUGAAGAGCAGCGUGGCCCAAAUGAGAAGUUCUUCAAGUUAUGACAAACGAGAUUCUCGCUACAGCGAUCGCCAGGGAAGCUCCUCCCCAGAGGACAGGUAUCGGGACAGAGAGAGAUCAUUGUCUCCACGGGAUAGAGACUACUAUGAUCGCAGAGGAGGCUACAGUGAUCGUGACCGGUAUGAUGACUGGCCAAGGAAUGGUCGGUCUGACAGAUCAGAGGAUAUGAGAGACAGAGACAGAUCAAGAAGAGAUCCAGACAGAGACUCUGACAGAAGGCGAAACAGAAGACCUUCUCCAGGGACCAGAAGGGGGGAAAGUUCUCCGGAGACCAGGAGAGGUGAAAGUUCACCUGUGACCCGGAGAGGUGACGAACAAGCUGCGGCUGAGCCGCCGGUGAAAAAAAAGAAAGAUGAAUUGGAUCCCAUCCUUACCCGGACAGGGGGGGCUUACAUCCCUCCUGCUAAGCUGCGCAUGAUGCAGGAACAGAUCACUGAUAAGAGCAGCUUAGCUUACCAAAGAAUGAGCUGGGAAGCAUUGAAAAAGUCAAUUAACGGUCUAAUUAACAAAGUGAACGUAUCUAAUAUUGGAAAUAUUAUCCAGGAGCUUCUUCAAGAAAACAUUAUUCGUGGACGAGGUCAGCUGUCCAGAUCUAUUCUCCAAGCCCAGAGUGCAUCUCCCAUUUUCACCCAUGUCUACGCGGCAGUGGUAGCAAUCAUCAACUCCAAGUUCCCUCAGAUUGGAGAACUCAUUCUAAAGAGGCUCAUUCUAAAUUUUCGGAAAGGCUAUAGAAGGAAUGAUAAGCAACUUUGUUUGACAUCUUCAAAGUUUGUCGGUCAUCUCAUUAAUCAGAAUGUGGCCCAUGAGGUGCUCGCACUGGAAAUGCUGACCCUGUUGUUGGAACGACCUACAGAUGACAGUGUUGAAGUGUCUAUUGGGUUUUUAAAGGAAAGCGGACUCAAGCUGACCCAAGUAACUCCCAGGGGUAUAAAUGCUAUAUUCGAACGCCUGCGUAACAUCCUGCAUGAGUCCGAAAUAGACAAGCGUGUCCAAUACAUGAUUGAAGUCAUGUUUGCUGUGAGAAAGGAUGGCUUCAAGGAUCACCCAGUUAUCCCUGAUGGGCUAGAUCUGGUGGAGGAUGAAGACCAGUUUACACACAUGCUUCCUUUGGAAGACGAGUAUAAUCCAGAAGACGUGCUUAAUGUGUUCAAAAUGGAUCCCAAUUUUCUUGACAAUGAAGAGAAAUACAAAGCCAUUAAAAAAGAAAUCCUGGACGAAGGGGAUAGUGGUUCAGAAGGAGAAGAUGGGGCCAGUGGAGAUGACAGUGGCGAGGAUGACGAUGAAGAGGAGGGGGCUGGAGAAGAAGCUGGCGAGGAAGGAGAAAAAAUGACUAUUCACGACAAAACUGAAAUUAACUUGGUUUCAUUCCGCCGCACGAUAUACCUUGCCAUCCAAUCAAGUUUAGAUUUUGAAGAAUGUGCUCAUAAAUUAAUAAAGAUGGACUUUCCAGACAACCAAACGAAAGAACUUUGCAACAUGAUUCUGGAUUGCUGCGCUCAGCAGAGGACGUAUGAGAAGUUCUUUGGCUUGCUUGCAGGGCGUUUCUGUUUGUUGCGGAAAGAGUACAUGGAGUCUUUUGAAUGUAUUUUCAAAGAGCAGUAUGACACUAUCCACCGACUGGAAACCAACAAAUUAAGAAAUGUUGCAAAGAUGUUCGCCCAUCUCCUGUACACAGACUCCAUUCCUUGGAGUGUUCUUGAGUGUAUAAACCUUAGCGAGGAAACGACAACAUCAUCUAGUAGAAUAUUUGUGAAAAUAUUCUUCCAGGAACUCUGCGAAUACAUGGGACUUCCAAAGCUUAAUGCCAGACUUAAGGAUAUGACCCUCCAACCGUUCUUUGAAGGGUUGCUUCCAAUGGACAACCCGAAAAACACUCGCUUUGCCAUCAACUUUUUUACCUCAAUUGGCCUCGGAGGACUCACGGAUGAACUCCGAGAGCAUUUGAAGAAUGCACAGAAAAUAAUCAUGACCCAGAAGCAAAAUGUGGAAUCAUCAGACUCUUCAUCUUCAGAGUCUUCCUCGGACUCCGGCUCGUCUAGCGACAGCGAUUCGUCCAGCUCCAGCAGCGACUCAGACACGGCGAGGAGGAGAAAAAAGACAUCUACAAAAGUGAGAAGCAAAGAGAAGACCUCGAGAAAGGAGAAGAGUAAAGAAAAAACGCACAAAUCAGGUUCCAGAAAAGAAGAGCGGCAUAAAGACAAACAGCGCAAAGACAGCCACGAGGAGAGGCCAUCUGGUAAAUCGGACAGGAACUCCAAACAUUCAAAAAGCUCCCGAAGAUGAUCCCGCUAUAGUGCCUCCCUAGUGUAACAUACUUUUUAUAAAAACCGUUUAUGCUAAAUGAAAUUGCAUGAGUUAAAAAAGAGCGAUUUUAAGUAAGUAGUUUGUACGUUUUUGUUCCCCUAGUCUACUCACUGAGCUGUACACCUGGCAAACAAAAUCAAUUUUAUAGCAUAUUGACUUUUGGCAGAAGUGUGUCAUUUGCCAUUUGGACAACAUUAAUGAACAUAAAAGCCAAAUAAAUGCUGUAUUUUAGCAGCUACUGUAUGACGUUAAAUAUGUGAAUAAUGUUUCUAAACCUUUCCUUCUUUUCAUGUCUAUUAAACCCGUUCUUUUCUAAGAA